CAACCCGCAGCAACUUUGUUGCAAUUUCAAUCUUCAACCGAAUGUCACCUUAAGUUAUCUGAAUCAAUUUAAAGCGGUAUUGGUAGAACUACAGAUACCUCAGUCACGUUUUUUGUUUGAUGCAAAUUGCAGCAAUUCCACGUAUCUACUACGGAUACUCUCAAGCCAAUUCGAACGUACACUCUAUAUGAUAUCAUUCAGUUACUGUGCAUUUCGCUCGUACUUGUCCGUACGUGUAUUGGCGCGAGCGAAAUUCACGAUAACUAACUAACUGGCACCAAUAUGAUUCUGAUCUCAGUGUAAGCUCGAAUUGUUCUGUGUGGUUGGAUUUCCCUAAUCGAUGGUAGUUAUUUAUAGAAAAUAAAGAGUCAUGAGUAGGAAAACCAGCCAUGUAUUUUUGUUUUUUAAUGAUUUAUUUAUUAGGUGUAAACUUAGUGAUACUAAUAUAUCGAUAACACCAUGCGAAAGCUGGUUAAGUAUAAUUAUGUACAUAUUAUAAUAAGUACCUAACAGAUUAUAUUUAGUCUUGUAAUUUUAUGCUACGAGUAUUUCACUACCUAAUAACUUCCUACGGAUACUGAGGCUAUAGUGAGUUACCUAAGGAGCUUAGGAAUGAACAGUAACUCUCUUAACUUCUGACCAUGUGUAGGCUGUAUGUCUUUGCAAUAAGGUUCAAUCAAGUAACAGUGUUGAAGAUGGUAUAGUCAUGUCUGAAAAUAUGGAUACGAAAAAAGUGCCAAAAAUAUGUAUACACGACUUUAUUGCCCAUUUAUUAAGGUAGUGUACUUAUACAUAUUUUUGGCACUACAUCGAUUUUCUUUUGCAUAAACAAAUCACACGAACAAAGAACAAGAAAGUUGUCCCCUCUCAGCUCUGUUCCCCGUAACUCUGUCCCGGUUACAUCCGGCCCAUAUCCUCUCGACUACCUAAUCCUGUAAUAUAAGCACUAAUCUUAUUCGUCAUAAUUAUAUUAGACGAGGAAAAACCUUGGAUUUACUUAAUUUUGAUUGAUAGGUACUAAUCGUGAUAAUGCGUUAAUCGAUGUCGCGAUAAAUCGAUAGUCCGUUUAACGACUUAACGAUGUAGAUAAAUCGCUAAUCAUAAUUUAUUUUUAGCCGUUAUUGCCAAUAUUAAUAAUAUUACCUAUUGGUUUUUAGUUUAAAAUAUGACUUUGGAAUGAUUAAACGACGUUCAACUUAAACUCUUCUGCACAACAACGGUGUACAUUGGAAGGAUCCCCCGCCACGCCAGUUUAUAUAUUAUCCGUCUGGCCCUUGUUAGUGCCAAAGUGCCGGCAGUCCUUGAACCCAGCGGUCUAGCCAGGAACGACGGUAAGAGGGAAUAACGCUCUGGUGCCUUGGAGCAUGGAUCGGUCGCUAGUUUGGAACGCUGCAAUGCGUUGAUACCCUGGCCCAUCCCAUGUUCCAAGCAACAACGUUGACGCUGGCGCUGCAGCAUCCUCGGCCGAAAGCCUCAAACGCCGUAUACAUAUAGGGAGUCGCUACAGGUUUAUAGCGUUUGACGUCGAAAAUUUAAGGCCAUGGAGACCAAGUGCGCGUCGGCAGUAUAAAGAUUUGUCGGCGCGCCUAAUAGAGGCCUCGGGCGACCAGCGGGCUGGUCACUAUUUCGCGUAUAAGUAUCGCCAUACAGCGGGGAAUUAUGUCCAGCCUUCUGGGCACUUUUUACAAAAAUAAUUCACAGUUGGCAUCUAUAACGGCCGAUAUAAUGAAAUUGGAACAACUUGUUGUAAUUUAAAUAUCUUCAUAAAAUAUCUCCUCGUAUAGUCAGUAUAACCUGCAAUUAGUUCGUAUGAUUGAGUCCCAGUUUUAAGAAUCCAUUACUCUCAAGGGAGUAAUAUCUGCUAUUAAUUGCCUAUUUGCACGCAUUAUAAUAUUUGGUUCGUCGUUUGUGAAUACCGAGAGCGCUGCUAUGGUGACGGACUAGGAGGAAUAUAAAAAUGAGUCAUGGUAAACACGUCUAGACUUAUGUCUGCGCAUUUACUUUCAGGACUUUUCUAGUACGCAUGCUCUAUUCAGUCCAUCUGUAGCACCAUAGAAUAUCGGUGAUCCAUCUUUACGUCGUCUUUGCCACAAGUUUAAAACAAGUAAGUCAUGUAGCAUUAACCUCUAUAUAGUCUGUGUACCAGUGUUGGCCGAACGUAAUGAAUUGAAUCGUAACCGUAACGGACGGUUACAGUUAACGGUUCAAUUUAUAAUGGUUAAUGGCCUAAAAUUUUUAAUUGCAUUAACGUUUCGGCCAACACUGCUGUGUACGAUAGAUCUUAGCCGAAUUUUUAGUCAAUUAUAAGCAUUUUUUUUCUGGAACCAUUAUUUCGGAUCCAUAUAGCACGACCAAGGUUUGAACCCACGAUAUUUGAUCACCAUGAGCGGUCUGGCCUAAUGAGACCCUCUACCUAUACAGCCGAUGGUCUCGGGUUCGAAUCCCGAUAAGGACAUUUAUUUGUUUGAAAAACACAAAUAUUUGUUUUUGAGCUAUGGGUGUUUUCUAUGUAUAUAAGUAUGUAUUUAUCUAUUUACGUAUGUAUAUUGUAUAUUUAUUUCACAUUUUUAUCCUAAGUCCAUCUAGAUAUUUGUUAUCAGCUAUCACAAGUAUAUAGGCAAUAUUAGAUAUGAUACCUAUUAUAAAUUAUUUUUAUGAAGCAGAAACGCGAACGAUGCUAUUAAGCUUGGAAUAAAUUUAAAUGUGGAAAAAUUACUGUCUUGGGUGAGACUUGAACUCACGGCUUCUGGUUCGAGUCUCACCCAAGACAGUAAUUUUUCCACUUUUAAAUGUAUGAUAUUAUAAGUUGUAAACAGCAGGCAAAGUCUAAAUUUUCAUCAUAGAAACGGCCAUCAGUUAAUAAUGGCCAGUAAAUCAGACAAGUAAGCAUUGAAAAACAAAAAAAUAUUUAGAAAAACCAAGCAUUCAUAAAAUAAUGACAAAUUCAUAUCCGCAACGCAGGCUUCGUCAGAACAACAAAGGACAGCAAAGUCAGCAUUGAAAUAAGUAUACUAUACUCGUAAAUUAGUACGAUAUUCUAUUCGAUAUAUUCGAUUUCGUGACAUGACGUACGCGUUUGUGUUAAGUCUCAUUUAGUAUGGGAUUUAGAAACAGCGCGCCAACCGGGACGUUUUGGAAACUCAAAAUCCCAUACAAGAUGAGACUUAACGCAAACGCGUACGUCAAGUCACGCCAUCGAAUAAAUUUACACUAGGGGUACUGGCAUUCUAGCAAUAACUCAUUCUUCAUAAAGUAAAACAUCAAACUCAUUUGAUUAAGUUUUUUUGUAAGUUACAGACGUUCAAACGUAGCAUUAUCACGUUUUUUUUUCAGAAUGGCUGCCGUGGAAGGCUUAGGGCACGGCACCGAGCUCGAACAAAUACAAGCGAGAUCGAGAGCUGUUGCCAACAAGACGUUGGAUGCCACCCGCCACCUAUUGGCACUCACCGAAGAGAGCAAGGAAGCAGGCAUACAAUGCCUUGUGGCCCUCGACGACCAGGGAGAAAAGCUAGAUAACAUCGAAAGGGGGCUGAACGACGUGCAUUCCGACAUGAACCAAGCUAAACAGAGUCUUAAGGAGAUGGAAAAGUGGUGCGGGCUCUGCACACUCCCCUGGAAAAGAGGGCCCCCUAAAACUAAAUCGGACGACGAUGUUUGGAGCGGGAAGAACGACGGCAAGGUGGUGAGCAGCCAACCGCCGCGAGUGAUGACCGACGACCGAAAUGGUUGUGGACCUAUGACCGGAUAUAUUGGCAGGAUAACAAACGACGCAAUCGAAGACGAGAUGGAAGAGUGUAUGGUGCAAGUGAACACCAACAUCGGCAAUCUGCGGAACAUGGCGCUCGAUAUCAGCUCCGAGCUCGAAAACCAAAACAACCAGCUUAAGCGAAUGGAGAAUAAGGUAAGGAUGGUUCAUGUUCGGCAUUGGGCAUUACCUUGUGAACUCGUAGGGUAUGAAAUGAGGGUCAUCAUCAUAAUAUCAGCCAUUUAUCUCCCACUACUGAGUAUAUAAAUAUAGGCCUGUCUUCGAAUACGCCACUUGUUCCGGCCCUGAGCUAUGCAUCUCAUCCAAAAGUAAUCCGCAAUCUUCCGAAUGUCGUCCACCCAACGAGCCAACAGACGCCAGGCGCUCCUUUCAUCCGAAAACGGCCACCACUGCCUGGCAACAUGUCCCACCCAACUCCAUUUUCAUUUGGUAAUGACGUAUCCCUCGUCUUGCACCUUAGUGCGGCCCCGGAUCUUGACAAUUUUCACUCGGUCUUGCAGCUUCAUGCCGAGCAUGGCGUGCUUUAUUUAUGCGCGCUAUUUCUCGAGUUGAGAAGUGUUAUUAUCCGAUAUAUAUGAGUAUCAUUACCAAAUUAGAAUGAAGCUGGGCGGGACAUGUUGCCAGGCAGAGUGAUGGCAGGUGAGUAUUAACAGAGUGGUGGUGGCUUUGAGACGAAAGGAGUGCCUGGCGUCCGUGGGCUCGUUGGGGUUGACGCUGGGUUGACAACAUUCUGAAGAUUGCGGGUCACUUGACCAGUCAUGGUCAGGACCGGGAUAAGUUGCGUACUUGAAGAGAGGAGAGGCUAUACUCAGCAGUGGGCGAUAAAAGGCUGAUAUGAUGAUGAUGAUGACCCUCAUAUGAGUAUAUUUAAGGGCAGUUCCUAGUAAUAAUAUAUGUAUGUUGUAAAUCUGCUGUGGUAUUCCGCUGACCUGCUGCAUUCUAAAUUUAUUUUUUAUGGUACAAGUAAAAUAAAAGAUUUGAAAUAAAAGUAGGAAAGACGCAACAAUUCAGUAACACGUUUGGAUUUGAAUCGUUUACUAGUAAUAUGGUUCAAUGUAGAGUGCAGAUAACAUGCGGUGUUGCCUGUAUUCAGCAAUGAAAUGACAUCUUAUGAGGUCUCACUCCUUUUCAAUCUAUCACGAAGAAGCUAACUAACAAUUUUACUUUCGUUUCAUUUCGUGUUAGGGAAAAUUAGACGUCCUAGUCCUAGCUAGAGAAUCGAAUGUGGUUAAGGUGGGGUAGGGUAAGAGAAUUAUAGUUUACAUCACACUUGCUCGAAAAAGAUCUUAUUUCAUGCAGCUGUACUGAAGGACAAAGGCCUAUUUUGUUCCCGCGGGAGUUAUGGAUUGUGAAAAAAAAAGCUAUAACUCCCUAGGGAUAGUUUUUUUUUAAUUAUGUCACAUUCAUAUAAACUAAGUGGCAUAGAUGAGUUUUACUUUUAAAAUUCUAACGUUUAUAAUUUAAUAUAUUUGUUUAUGUUUAAAGUUAUUUAA